UUUUGAGGUGAGGGAGGAGCAGUGUGAGAGUCAGUCUACUCACGGCCUUCCUAACGUAUUCAUCUCUUCAGUGUUUUACUUCUUAUAAUGAGUCUUUCGACGGUACUCGUGCUUGUCCUGAGCUUGUGCUCAACAUGGGCUCGAGAAUUCUUGCCUCAACCCACUUACCUACCUCCAAAUACCGGAGUCCCUGUCAGUGAUCACGGUGUCAACUUUCCUAGAGCCCAACUUGGUCAGUCAAGCACAACCAACCUUAAUUCCGCUAAUCGCUUCACUCCAAUAAGUACUUCCGAAAACAUCCUUCACGGAAUCGUAUCCAAUGCUGGAUUAAUUUCCCCUGCUAUUCAACUUGGUAUCGACCAUCUUUCUUCUAGACAACCUGAACGCACUCGCGACAGAUUCGGCCAACUUGUCCUUGGUGCUACAAGUAACUUUGCCACGGGCUUGACUGGCAAUGCUUCCCCUUCAGAUACAAUCUCUGUAAACAUUGGCGGUCCUCAAAUAGAGGCAUCAACCAGUGGAGUCGGGGACUCUUCUAAUGAUCUAAGGGGUUUCAGGCUUCCCCAAGCUCCUGCUGGCGGCAGAGGAUCAGUCUUCAUAAGUGAUGCUUUCAGUCGGGUCGUAGGUGGUCCAGGUGCUGGCGUCACCUUCGGCCAGAUUAAUGUUCCCAGAGCGUCUGUGGCUGGUCAAAUAAACAGGUUGAGCUUCUUGAUUACCCCAACAGUAACCCAGAUUGUGACGAUCGACCGCUUCGUAACCCUCACUGACCUGGCUUUCAACAGCGUGGCAGUCACCCUCACUGCGUUCAACGUGCAGACAGUCACUGCUGGCACUCGCGUGGUUGUAGCCACACCAGUGGAUGAACGCGUUGCCCUCCAGACUACUGUAGUCUUAAGACCGACCUCAGUGACAAUGACUGAGGUGAAGUCUGACUUCAGGGUGGUGACGGAAGUCUCGGUAGACCACGUGACGAUCACCCAUACAUCUUACGUCAUCAAUCAAUUUACCUACACCACUACUGCCACUCAAGUGUUAACCUACACUUCUACACUGGUAAGGACGAACUUGCGCACUGCAAGCACAACCUUCACUGAAUAUCGCACCGUAGCGGACACUGUUUACGUCGGCGGCAGUUAUGGCACUCGCUUCUAGUUGAGUUACUUCACUUUAAUUACCUACUUUCCUAGCCGAUACUGUCUUAAUAAAAUGCUUUAUUCUAA